AUGGCGCAACAUUCUAACAUUGCACGCUCGGCGAUCAGCAAUCGCAAUACGGCCACAAUGAACGGGAAUAUCUCGAACGGCAAGCCGGGAUCCGGGAAGGACUCGACUUUGAUGCCCCCUCCGAAAACUGUCGUAGGACGAGCGCUAGCGAAUGAACAUUCCGAUGGCCACAGGAAAGCAUCCAGGGAUGGCGUCGGAUUCGCCCUAACAGACACUCCGAUUUCUACCGCACCUUCGUCUCCACAGUUCGUCGCUUCCCCCAGCCAGGCCUCCACACCCAGCCGUGUUCGUGCGACCACCCUCGACAUCCCUGGUCUCACCAAGUCUAAAGUCUCGCCCGAUGGACGCAUUGCUCAGCGUGAUCUCGGCUCUAAGCUGGUCAUUGUCAUGGUCGGCUUGCCGGCACGCGGCAAGAGCUAUGUGACGAAGAAGCUCGCACGCUACCUGAACUGGCUCCAACAUGAUACCGAAAUCUUCAAUGUCGGAGAACGUCGCCGCGUGGCUGCAGGCAAGUCUCCAGCAGCGCCGCGGCACAGGACUAGUUCUGUCCAGCAAGAGCUUGUUGAUUCCGUCCGUCGUCUCAGUGUUAGUGUCGGUGGGAUGACUACGACGAAUAACGAGUCUGUUCCUGCUCCUCAGAACGAGUCGCCUCCGGAGCUCGACAACGCUUUGCCGCCUCCUGUCGUACCUACCAAGAUUCUCGUUAACGGGAAAGAGGAGGAUGGGCCUAUAAUUCCGGGUGGAUCCGUCGUCAUCCCGCCUAACGAAGCUGCUCCCCAGGAGCAGCGGGAAAUAGUCGAGGCGUCCCCAGAACCAAUCGACCAGUCUGCCAACUUCUUUGACCCUAAGAACCAAAAGGCCUUGAAGCUGAGAGAGCAGGUCGCUUUGGAGACGUUGGACGAGCUUCUGGAUUACAUCCUCGAAGAAGGUGGCAGUGUUGGCAUCCUGGAUGCGACCAAUAGCACUCUCGAGCGCCGCAAGGCUAUCGUUGACCACAUCCGCAACCGUGCUGGCCCAGAGCUUGGCGUCUUGUUUCUGGAAAGCAGCUGUCAGGAUCCCGUGCUUCUGGAAGCCAACAUGCGCCUAAAACUGUCCGGUCCAGAUUACAAGGAUCAGGAUCCGGUCAAGUCUCUCGAAGACUUUAAGAAGCGCGUUGCGCUCUAUGAAAAGUCCUAUGUUCCACUCGGUGAAUAUGAGGAAACCAACAACAUGCCGUAUGUCCGUAUGAUCGAUGUUGGGCGCAAAAUCGUGUCACAUCAGACCCACGGCUUCCUCUCAUCUCAGGUUGUAUACUACUGUCUGAACUUCAAUCUCUCCCCGCGCCAGAUCUGGAUUACUAGACACGGUGAAAGCCUAGACAACCAAGCCGGCCGCAUUGGUGGUGACUCGCCACUUAGCGAAAACGGUCAUCGGUACGCAAAGGCACUGGCUCGCUUCAUUGAUCACCAAAGACAACAAUGGGAGACGUAUCAAAGACAGAAAGAUAUGAUGUCUCUAAUGCCGCCACGUCCUGGAGACAGCACCCCUCCGAACCCGUCGUACAUUCCUCGGGACCGAGUUCGCAAUUUCUGCGUGUGGAGCUCGAUGAUGCAGCGCACUGUCCAGACAGUUGAAUACUUUAACGAAGAUGACUACGACAUCAAACAGAUGAAGAUGCUCGACGAACUUCACGCGGGGAAAAUGGAAGGCAUGACUUACGAGGAGAUCCGCGAAAAGUUUCCCGACGAGUACGCAAUCCGCAAGAAGGACAAACUGUUCUACCGUUAUCCUGGCACUGGUGGCGAGGGAUACCUAGACGUUAUCAACAGACUCCGAGCCGUUAUCAUCGAAAUGGAGCGCAUGACUGACCAUGUUCUUCUGGUUACCCAUCGUUCAGUGGCGCGCGUUCUCCUCGCUUACUUCCUUGGACUUAAGCGCGAUGAGGUUGCCGAUUUGGAUGUUCCUUUGGGAAUGCUCUACAUGCUAGAGCCCAAGCCGUACGGAGUGGAAUUCAAGGCAUAUCGUUACAACCCGGAAUCCGACUGGUUCGACUACAUUCCGGACUUUCAGCUCCAGCAGGCAUCCACCCACAACUAG